CCCCUCAAACCUCUUCUUCUUCCUCUCCACAACUUCUGAGUUUCACAAAUCCAACUCAGAGUCAAGCUCUGGCAGCAAACAUGGCAACGCAAGCUCCGGCUGUUCAGCCACCAAAACCCAAACGCAAACGUCGAUCUACCGCCAUCCAGCCAUCGAUAACAGACUUCGAGUACUUCCCCAAACUUCCCUACGAGCUACGAUCCAUGAUCUGGAAGAUCCCCUGCUUCGUCCCCCGAGAUGUGGAUAUUUGGAUGCGCUCCGAAGGCGAAGUUCGACUGACCGAGAUUCCUGAACGCACGCCUGGCGAACGGUUCCUCCCAAACUCUUAUCACACCAAAUCUGUCCCUCCUAUCAUCCUUCAAGUCAACCAGGAGUCGCGUCGAGAAGGUCUACGAUGGUAUCGUCUCGAGUUUGGCAUCAACAUGAAGUGCGGCGGAGUGCAGUACAUCCUACCACCUAAGAUCUACAUCAACUGGAGCGUCGAUCUGCUCUGUGUCAAGGACUCGAACUGUAUCUCAACAACCUCCUUAUACAGCGACACCUCCUUCUCAAAACUAUGCCGCGACAACAGACUCAAGACCUUGGCACUCAACGUGAAGAACUUCAAAUACUGGGGUCCGAUCAAGGCGAACAGUUUUGGGAUUCCAUUACGAAAGAUGAGCUUGAGCGAGCUGAUCUUCUUCGACGACGCGUCUUCGACAUCCAAGGCCAAUUACAGAUUCGAAGCUUUCCAGAAGACGAAGAGGAACGGAACGUUGUCGAAGGUUAUUCAGGCUCCUGGCGUUCUUCUAGAGGUAUCUACGGCUCGGGAUAUGAUUAUUACUUCUUGGGAUACGUAUGAAGCGGAUCUGGAGGAGAAGAAGAAGAAUGGCGUGGAGGGACUUGUCACGUUGCCACCAAGACCCACGAUUACAUUGAUGCGGUUCAUUACCCCUCGUCCACGAAAACCUUGAGCAUUACUUUUACAUCAUCAGCAAUAUCAUACAACCAAGCCUUUCAAAUGUACAUAGAGCCUUUAGUCUUCGAGCAGUGCAUAUAGCAAGCACUUUUGAACUAUCG